AGCGCGGGAACCAAACAAAUGGUAGAUAUGGUCAAUCUGACUUUGAAUUGAUUUUACCUUUUUAUCUCCAAAAUGACUUCGUCCUCCAGCUGUUGGGUAAAGAAAACAAUUAAUGGACCUGUCCCGGCUCCAAGGUAAACUAAUUUUACGGUUUUGGGGUGUUUCGAUGUCUGAGAGCCGAAAUAGUAUAAUUGCAUUUGACGUGCGAACGGGUCGAAUUUAAAUUCCUAUGCAAUGUUUUUUUUUAGAUUCGCUUUGAUUUUUCUUAAGGCACUAUCAGGCAAACUUAAACGGUAUCGUGAACUAUGAUCUAAGAUUUUGUAUUCUGGAUUAUGUACAGUCACUUUUAGAAUAAUAAGUUUGUUUCAUGUUGUCCUCCUGAGCUCAGUAGCUUUUAAUUUUAAAAUAAAUUAAAAUACCGUAGUUUUACAGCGAAGUUUUAAAAUACUUUGAAAUAUUUCAAACGAAUUGAUCCACGGCACCAUCGGUGAGUUUGCAGGGCGAGUGUAAUUUCUAGUCCUUGAAAAAAUUUACAGGUGCAUCUUGCACGAGAAUAAUCAUUGUUUAUUAAUAAUAUAUUCUGGGUCUUCUGUAUCAUGGCAAAGUCAUUAUUAUAACGAAAAAUAUUACAUUAUUAUUAUUAUUAUUUGUUGUAGUAGUAGUAGUAGUAGUAGUAGUAGUAGUAGUAGUACAUCAAGUAGAGUGAAGAUUGCAUGACAACAGUCUCAUAGCUGUGGGCUAAGAUAAUUGUCGGUGACCAUCAUGAGGUUAAUAAUAAUAAUAAUAAUAAGUCUUUAUUAAGCACUCUAAACAACAAACGUGUUUAGUUACAAUGAUAUGAAAUCAGCAAGUAUAAAACUAAUAAACUAACUAAAUUACUAACUGAAUAACUAAUAAGAGAACAAACAUCUAUUAAUAAAGGUCCUUUUGAAACGUUCAGUUCUGACAAGCGGGAGAAUAUAAUUAUGUAUCCAUUGUUCGCUCUGGUGGCAAAAGGUCAUCUAAAGCUGUUGGAAAAUCGCUGUCGGUGAUCUUGGCCCACAACUUCUUAUCUUUUAGAAUGAUAAUAUUUUCAAUCGAAAAAAGCUCUUUACAGUAGCCAAGCUUAAAAGCUCUCUUUUUGAGGUUGGCCCUACUCUGCCUGGAAAAGUUCAAGAGCAAAGGGAAAAACUCUGAACAUUUGGGAAAACAUUUUGAAGAAAAAAAUAUGUUGGCUGGUAUAAAGUAGUUUUAUUUUAUAGAGACAUUUUGAGUCUGAUCUUUUUUACUUGCUGACCAGUCAUUAGUUUUCAGUAUUUUAUCUUUUUCCUCUUUUCUAAAGUUCAAGAUUUAUCAAGAAAAUAUGUAAUGUAAACAAUAUCAUAUAAACUGGUAAUGAUACGGAUAAAAAUGUCAAACUCCAAAUCCUACAUACUCAUUCUUGCUGAAAAAAAAGGUCUUAAAGGUAUAUAAUAUUAAAAAGACCUUUUUUUUUAGCAAGAAUCUUUAUGAAGGAUUUGAAUUUUAAAAACCGUCUAGUGUAAUUUUUAUAUAAAAAUGUUAUUAUUAUUACAAUUGUUCUUCAUAUUAUUUACAUGGUGGCCUAUUGUGCUGCAUUCUUUUUGUUAUUUUGAUGUUGUACCUUUUUCACCCUUGAACUCUCAAGAUCUGAUUGUUGAUUCUCUCCUCUUGCUUCAGUCUACAAAUUUCCAUAUAAAUUAGUGAGGAGAAUUGUGUUAGGUCGAGAUAAUAACUUCUACCUGCUAAGUUUGAGUAUUCUCACUACCUAUUUGCUGGAUGAUGUAUGGAUAUUGUAGGGAGGAGUUACUUGUUAAUCUCUUCUUGUUGUUAAAGAGUUAGAUGUUUUAAAUGCAAAUUGAAUGUUUCCUUUUUUCAUUUUAAAAUUAUUGUUGUAAACGUGAUACUCAUUAUCUGAUAGCGAAAAUCAAAAAGGAGUUUAUCAAAAGAGUGAAAAUUGUGUGUUUCUUAGGCAGGGUCAUGCAGCAGCAGUUGUUGACAAGAAGGCAUACAUCUUCGGUGGUAGCAGUGGAAGUUGGUUUGGUGGCGAACAUAGUGAAUCUACAAGUGACCCAGUUUACUUGAAUGACCUGUUUGUUCUUAAAAGUAAGUUGCUGCACAAAGUCUGUUCAUAGAACCCAUCAUUGGUCAUAUAAUACCACAAAAUGAUUGCAAGGGUUUUCUGCAAUUAAAAGCAAGUGCCUUUAAUAACACUAGAUUAUAAGACUCUCAGACUCAUUAUUAGGGAACUUUUUAACAUCUGGAUGAAACUAUUGUUAAGUAAUAGAAUUCUUUUAGGGUGCUCAUGAAGCCUUAUCUGUUGCCAUGGCAACAGGACAGCAGUGCUUAGAGAAGAAGAAAGCUGUCAAAAAAAUAGCACACUAAGAUGAAAUUGAAAUUUUCUAAAUUACUGGGGAAGAUUUUGGAUGAAAGAGUCAACAUUUCUUAUUCUUAAUUAAACUUUCCAAUUUUAUUUUGCAAAUAAACACAUUCAGCUUUUGAAAACAUACAGGUCCUGCAAUGUUCAUUUGAUUUGUGGCCACCCUUGUUGUUUAUAACUUUUGCAAGAUAAUUUCACUGGAGGAUUUUGCUUGGGAUUCAUUUGUUUGGAUCCAUUCUCCCUCAGCUUAAAUAGCCUUGAGCCUCUUUAAACUUUAAAUUAUCUAGGAUUUCAUCACAGUAACUAGGAAAUGCCUGAUACCUUUUUUUCAUUAUUAGUUGGAAUACAGGUCACCUGGGAAAGAUUGCAACAACUGGGAGAUAUUCCUUGUGUAAGGGAUGGACACACUUUGAGGUACACAAAAGGAAGCUUUGUUCAAACAGACAAAUUUAUGAAAUGAUAAAGGAGACUUAUGACCACAGUUCUUCAUUAUGGGAACAUAAUAGACCUUGAAAAUAGCUUAUUUAAGUUCCAAAAGAAAAAAAACACUGGGCAUGUAGUCUGUAUAUGUUACACGAAAUGCAUUCACACCUGAAAUGCCCCAAACUGCUUGUGUCUAAUGUUAAAGUGUCAAUUAAUUAUUUAUAAUUAAAAGUGAUGUUUAAGUAUCAUUUUUCACAGAAAUAUUUCAGUGACUUAAGGGGUACUAGAAAGGGGUAAUCUGGUGCAUCUACAACAAAAUGUUCACACUGGGCAAAAUGGCAUCUGUGCCACUGACUCUUCGUGAAGUCCACAAAUUUAUUUUCCUUGUUCAUUAUACCAAAGAUCUCAUUUGAGAAUGUUAUUAAAUUUUCAGUGCUGUUGGUACUGUUCUCUAUCUUUUUGGUGGAUCAAAUUAUCCAGAAUCUGAUGAAUGUUUAGAUGGGUUGUAUGCCUAUGAUAUUGGUUAGUGUAAAUUAUGGCAUUACUAAAUGUAAGCCAUUGUUAAUGUUAAUUACUGUUGUAGUAUAAUAAUUUUUAGGUCAAGUUAAAAUUUGAUAGAACUUGUUUGACUGUAGAGGAGAUGUAGUAGCAAAAUAAUUGGUGUGCUGGACUCCUUCUGAGGGUUCAGGUUUCGAGACUGGCAUGGGUAGGGUCAAUGGGAUGAGUUCUUGGGCAAAACACCUUACAUUCACAGUGCCUCUCUCUCCCAAGGAGUAGCCUUGCCAUUGACUAAAAUCUCAUCCAGGAGGGAGUAGUAAUACUCCUAGAUGCUUCAUGCCAAGGAAACUGGAAGAAGCCCUAGCUGAAUGGGCCCACGGUAGCUAGACCACAUUGUUAGACUACAGUGCUGUAUAUGAAAGUUUAGAAAUGAGGGUUGGAUUAAUUCUUGGCGAUCAAGAGGAUCACGAUGGCUGCUUAAAAUUUUCUGGGUCUCUGUCAAAUAUUUUGGGCCUACCAAAAAGAAAAAAAAAAUCCCUCAUAUUGAUGAGCACUAAAUGAGGUAGUUAGUGAGCUAAACAAUGUAAUUGCAACUCUUUCUUUUUUUUUUUUUUUCAAUCUGUUGGUUACCAACAGAUUCACUUGCUCUGGCAAUGAAAUGGUCACAGCAUGGAGCGCUGAUGUGGAGAGAAGGUUGAAGGGUUAAAAUAAGAGUAGCCUUCAAUGAUUAUUGUAUUUUUCUUCAUUAUUUUACAGGGACAUUAUCUUGGGAGUUGUGUCCAACUCAAGGACGUCAACCCAAAGCCUUAGGACACACAACCGCAGUAGUGGGAGACACAUUGUAUAUAUUUGGAGGAAUUUAUCAUGGGAAUGCCACAAACACUCUCUAUAUGCUGAACACAGGUGUACUUACAUUAGAGAAAUGUAAUCUCUAGUUGAUUUACAGAAUCUUAUUUUAGGAUAUAAACCCCUUUAAGUGGCUGGUAUGUUGAAUGAUAAUGUCCAUGGCUGAGAGAUUGUCCAAAGAAUGAAUAUUUGGCUAAGAUCAAAACUUGGGGGUAAAUUGUGAAAUUUGAGAACAAUCUGGCAGCCAAGGUAUUGUGCUAUGCCUUUGCAUACUAAAUAAGCAUGCUUGCCAUGGUUAUUCCCUAGAUGGAAGGUUCUUUAUUCAUAUUGUUAUUAUAUGCGAUUCGUGCUUAAAAAUAGAAUCAUUUAUAUUGUGUGAGAGUGCAAGAAUUAGACUGUUGAGUUGCUGAAUAAACUUCACUCUUAAAAAGAAAGCUUGUCUCGUCUGAAUACUUCUUCAUGUUUGGAGCAAGGAAAGCCCCACAUGAGGAAACACAAGAACAUUAUCAGCAUUAAAAAUAUGCCAUUGCUAUCUGUUGUUCUAAAUUGGUUUUUUUUGCCAAAGGGAAUUUAACAUGGACUCCUCUAAAAGCAUCUGGAAACCCUCCCUCACCCAGGUAUUCAUUCUUAUAAUUGUAGGAAUACAUGAGUUAAAAUUAUCUUUUUGUGGUAUACUAUCUCACUGUUUUAGUGCAUACUAAAACAAAUAUUUACCUCAGUGUAUAGAAGAGUAUGUUAACCUUGCCCCCUCACAGCGUGGUCAUUUUCCACCAGUAGCUACCUUCACUUCUAUUAAUUGUUGUCAAUUUUUCUGUCAAUAAUUGUUGUUAACUAGAGCUUGGUUGAGAGGAGCAGUUGUUUGAUGUUUGACAUUAUGGCCAAGGGGGUGGGCAUUGAUUUGGGAAGGGGGCUUAUAAAAGAGUAACCCUUAUUUAAGGAAAUGCAAAAAUGUAAGUUUAUUUACAAGACACUUUUGACUGGCGAUUUGUUGUUUCAGAUGUGAUCAUGCUUGCACUGUGGCUGGUGAGAAGUUUUACAUUAUGGGAGGGACUGGGGGAAAGAAGCUGUGGUAUAAUGAUUUACAUGUCUUUGAUACAGGUAUGGAGAAAUUGGUUAAUAUAAUGUUUAGUGUUGCAAACUUUUUCAUUUCAAUUUUUUCCCAAACAAAAGUAAUUCCAUAUUUCUCCAAAUAGAGAAGAAAGCCUGCCAAAGUAGACAAAUGUUCGAAGUACAUCUCUUGAUCUUGUUUGCUUUCUAAAGAGGUACCCAGCAGGUCAAAAACUUUUUCCUUUUUCUUCACAAAGAAGGUGAACCAUUUCAAAAAUGUACUGAUGCCAAACACUUUGGGACAAAACCACUUAAUGUCACCAACAUCAGAAUCCCUCCUGUGUUAUAAAUCUAACACACCAUUCAAAGUUAAACAAAGGGUAAUAUGAAAGACUGCUUCAUACAUACUAAUAAGCUUCUUUCAAGCAUGUUUUUUUGAGUGCAUUUGGAAAAAUUGCAUGCUUGUUUUAAUACAGUUUUCAUGUGCAUUUAGGGCCAAUUAUUUCUGAGCUGUACUGUAUGUAUGUUUGAUUUUACUCUGCAGUGACACUGAGAUGGGAAGCUGUUAAUGUACAGGGUCAUAAACCACACACAAGGAGUCUUCAUACCUUGUGCACACAUCAUAGCAAGGUAUUGUAUGAAACACCCUUAAAACAGCAAUGAGUGUCUUAAACAACAUAAAUUGGUGUUAAAUACUUAAGUUAACUUGAUGCUGAUGUACCACAGGAUUGGCAAGAGGAACCAUGAUCUGGGCAGUAGAGGAGUUCUUAUUACAGAAGCAUGAUGAAUUAUGUGAAAUGAGCAAUGAUAAUGCUCAACACUUGUACUCCUCUGGAAAGACUGUACAUUUCUGGUUCAAAUUUCCCAUCCCCAGUGCACAGAUGACAGUCAAAUGCCUGUGGGAAAUGCCUGUGGGAAAUGCCUGUGGGUUUCCCUGAGGAGGGGGGGGGGGGAGGUUGAAACUUUGAAUUGAUUGGCACAUUACAAGGUUGAAUAAGCGUGAAUUAAGUUAUCAUGAUUUGAAACAAGAUUUUCCAUUUGUCAUCAGUUGUUAUUUGUGAAUUUUAGACCAGUUUUAAUUCUCAUCCAAAUAAAUGAGAACAAGAAAAGGAAAUGCCCUAGUUUGGGGGAGGGGGGGGUUGAUGGGGGGGGGGUUACUCAUGUCUGCCUGUAAAAAGGGAUGGGAGAGUAGGGGUUUAAGAACAAAUGCAUAUUUUAUUUCCAUUUCUAUUUGUUACAGGUACAUUGACAAUUGAUAUUUCUUUCUUUUUUAAUGAUAACUGAAUUAUAUUUAUUAGGCAUUGAAUAUAUAGAUAUAUCACGAUUUGUACAUAUUUUCAAUGGUGCCCCUAAUUUUUCAUAUUUUUUCCAUCUUCUUCUACAGGACAUUUAUUUAUUUGGGGGUUCAAACGAUGUGGCAAAAGUUACAACACCGUUUGAUGACAUAUACAAGCUUAGUUUGAGUGAGUAAACUGCUUGUUUAUUCAUUAUCCUUUUUUUUGUCCAGACAACUUAACUGUAAGCACUGGAAUAUGGGCCACACACUCAAAAAAGUUACAUCCGAGUUCGCCAACUCAAAUUUUGGGAAAAAAACAUCAAAAAUAAAUUGAAAAAAUCACUUCAAGGUUUCCGCACAGCCCCCUACUAUGGUGAAACAAAGGCGUAGUGCCAAAGGUAUUAUUUUGUUGUCGAUAUUGUUUUGUUUCUCUGAGAAGUGUUUGCACAGUGGAGUAUAGGGAGGGCAAAAUCUUACUGAAAUGUCAAGCAGUCUUGAGAAAGUUGCUUUGUACUAGUUGCUUCAUUGAAUUUACACCAGAGUAAAAUCAUUUACCAUUAAAACGGAGAAUACUUUGAAUCCUUAUUUAUUAUUUUAAUAUAAGUGAUCUGGUGUUGGCUUGGUAUAUUCUGAUGACGCAGCCAUCCUGAUUUGCAUAUUACGGUAAUUUAGUGUUAUCUACUGAGUCGAUAACGUAAAUUGGCCACCGUAAGGAGUUUCAAAGCUGACGUCUCGAGCGUUAGCCCCUUGUCAGAGCGAAAGAUUGAAAGACCCUUCCCUCUGACUGAGGGCUAACGCUCGAAACGUCAGUUGUGAAACUCUUUAGGGUGGUCAAUUUACGUUAUCGACUCAGUUGAUAAUACUAAAUUACUAAGUUAUACUCUCCCACCGACGCAGCGCCACAGUUUCUUUAAAAACCGACCCCCUUUAUUGAUUUUCGUCUUGCUUGGUUUCUCACUCUACUCUCCAUCUAUCAUGUAAUAUAUUGCAUGAAGUGCAGUCAAUCAGAUUGCAGCAUUCUGUGAUAGAGCGUCGGUAGAUUUAUGCUAAGAAUCGUUAGUCUUUGCAGACAAAUAUCCAAGCAUAUUUUUAGGUGAAAUGGGAGCUGUUGUUUUGUUGUUUAUACCUGGGUACGUUAUCCCGUUUCAGCUAAACUGAAAUGGAAGAAACUUCAAUGCUCCGGUGAAGGACCUGACAGAAGACACGGGCAUACUGCUGUGAUGAUUUACGGACAGGUAAAGCUUUAAAUACUUAACCUCGUGUUUGUCAAAGAAGCUAAAAAAAAGGUUUGUGCCCCAUCAAGAAAGAAAGGUUUCACGCAGAUCAUUGAUAUUGAUUUAUUCUCUUUCUCUUCCUUUUCUAGCUCAUAAUUUUUGGCGGAAUGGAUGACCAGAAGGAUUUUGAUGAUGUUUGCAUAUUGCAGACACGUGCUGCCUUGAAGCACCUCCCCCAAGAAAUGACAGGCAAGUUACUAAAUUACUUCAGCUAAAAACACAGGGAUGUUUCUUUCGGGAUGGGAGUGGUUUUGCAACUUCUCUCUAGCAUACUCAGUCCUUUGUUUUUGGCUAUGCGUAGUCUUCUCUCCUCCUGUGAGGCUGGAAAAUUGCGGAAAUCAUUGAAAGAACUCAGAGAAAAAUAUAUUUUUAAACAUUCUGGCAGUUAUUCUCUACUCCAAUGUAAAGCUGACUGUUCUUAUUUGAAUUUUUUUAGAAACAGACGUACUGUCGUCAUCUCUGUCCAGGUUUGUUUAUUAUUACUAUUAUGAUGAUGGUGAUGAUGAUGAUGAUGAUUAUUAUUAUUACUGCUGUUGUUAUUUUCAAAACAAACAAUCUUCUCAAGAGAUUUAAGGAUUAGUAAUCGUUACGCAAUGCAGAGUUAUCUAGAGCGGGUUGAUGUUCCAGCCAUAGUUAGCACAGUACACUCAUGUGAAGGAGAGGUAUUGAUGCUUUAAACGAGCACCGAAACUGGACUUGAUUCUGUGCUUUCCUUGAGAACCAAAGCUCUGCACCCUACAGAACCGCCUUAGAUCAGCCCUACCCUCAAGAACCUGAUUAAGAAACGCCAAAGAGCACGCAAUCAGGCGAUCAUACUGGGUUUAGACUCCUGCGAAUUCGUAUCAAUCAUAAACGCACGUAAUGUCGAUCUGACUGCAAUGAGCGCCGAGCAUCUGAAGGAGUGCUCCCCGUCUGAGUGGUGGAAGGAAAUAAAGCGACUUGGUCGUGUCACUAACUCCUAUGGAGUAGGGAACAAUGUGAGGAAGGCUGUCCGUCACCUUGAGGGUGAUCGCGAUAUAUCGCCCACUGACUUUGCUAAUCAUGUCAACUGAGCCUUUUUGACUGCAACAGAAGGGUUUUUUCGCUCACCCACAUUCCCCGCCAUUCAAAACACUCUGGUUUGUUUGCAAUAGAUUGCGUGAGAUUUCGAGCUCUUUGUUUUGACCUAAAAACGAACGACACAAUUAUCACACAUUUUCGACAGACUCUCACAAGGAACACGCACUUUUUUGUACAUGUGAGCUCAUGGUCACGUGAGCAGUGAGACAUAAAACAACAACUCAAAAGCUCCCUAAGGGAGUGGGGAGUGACUAAAUUAGUAUGUACUGAUAUCUUUUUCAGUGGCGGUAGUGAUAUGUUAGGCCCCCUGACAUCUUACGAUUUGUCGAUACAAGUUCCUGCACCGUACAGACCUGUUAUUCCUGCUGUUACCGAGGUAAGGAUUCAAUACAGAAUUUCUCCUGACAAUACUGUACCAAUACUAUUUCAAGAAUACAAGUGAUAAGAAAUGCGAAAAAUAUCAGUUAGGGGGUUAUGAGUUGAUCCAAUACCAAAUUCUCCGAACUGAUAUAAGAAUUGUAUGAGAGACAGUAAGGAGAAUUACCAAUGAGAUCUUGGGAGUGAAAGGGUUAAUGUGAUAUCCCGAGUUCAACCAUGGAGGAAGAACAAAAAAAUUAAAAAACAUUUACGGAACAUUAAUAUUAUUUCAUGAAAAUGUUUAUAUCCUCUUAAGUCCCAAACAUAAACACGACGUUUUGUUAAUGAUGCAGCUUUCUUCGUGUCUGCCAAAAAAAAACACACAAAAAUUAUGGACCUUCACUGCAAGUCUAGUCGCCAAUUUUUUUUUUCUUCUUCCUCUUUUGCCCCUCUUCUUUCUGUAUAGGACUCCUAUAUACUUACAUUUUUGAAACGUGCAAACAUUGACAAGGCUAGGCCAUAAUACCGGGAGCUAUGCUGUCUACCCUACGCACGGAGUGUGUGGCUCCUUAAUUGACUCCUGCUAACCAGUACUGAUAGGGAAGAUGCAGGAGACGGAACCCACGGUUUACUGUUCUUAUCGGAGAAGACUACUGUAAAAAUGACUAAUAUCAUUUGCAGAUGUCAUAGCAAAGGUAUCAUAUUCUACUAAGUUAUUUUAAGACCCUGAGUGCUGGUCCGAUCUUGGGCUUGAACCCUUGACCAGCAGCAAAGCAGUCUAGGACUCUUCAACACGAGCCACUGAACGAAGCGCGGUUAUCCACUUGCCAUGGCGACCAAAACUUUGCAACUUGGAGUGCUGCCUCGCUGAGCAGGGUCUGUUACAGAACUCCAAAACUGAUAGCGUAUUUUAUUGAAUGUGUAGCCUGCUAAACCCCCUGAGUUUGAUGAUGUGAAAGCGUCGUUCACCAAACGAGUUGAAGAGAUUUUUGAAGAUCUUUCAAACAAGUAUGCGGAGGUUCAAACGUAAGUCUUUGUGUGUGUUUUUUUGUGUACCUGCUUUUUGUUGUUAAGGUUUGUUUUGAGGACUAAACUUUUUCUAUAGGCUGCGAAAAGUGUAAUCCGUUUGUAAUAGUAUACUAAUGCAAACAUUUUCGCACGGUUAACGGCUUUGAGCACCGCAGUUGAUCCCUGGUAGUGUAGGGAGAUGAAAUUGAUAAGAAACAAUUAAAAAUUGAAAUUUUGGUUCUAAGGAAUUCAUUUUAAAAAUUGUAUCAGUAAAUAGGAUACUUGAAUGAUGACUCGUACAAUUUGGUACAGGUAAACACUCCUGAACUUUCCAAAGAUAUAACCGCAUUUAGUAUUUCCGACUUUGAGAAAUCUAUUCGUGCUUUAGUUUUGUUGUUGGUGUACUGAGCUCACGCAAAUCCAUAGUUUGUGUGGUUGAUGAAAUUGAUGCACAUAGCGCGGUUGUGGUAGAUCUUGUAGAAAGUGCAUAUGGAACUAUCUGUGUGCGAUAUAGUAAGUGUUUUUGCGGUGGUUGGCAUGAUUAAUGAAAUUGACGCACUUGGUGUAGUUUCUUGAUGUUGCGGUAAUUUGGGCAUUUGAAGCUGCUGCUGGAUUUGUCGUGCUUUGCUAAUUUAGUGUUGUUGCCCUAUUUGAUGCCCUUUUGGUGCAGUUUUGGCAGCUUGUGCGAUUGGUGUAGUUCGUGAAAUUCCGUGAAUUUGACUUUUUUUUUUUUUUUUUUUUUUUUCAUGUUGCUUACUAAGACGUCCCUAUUAAAUUUUCCGAUCGUAAAACGUCAAACUUGAAUGCAGAGUUGGUUUUGUUCGAAGUAUAUUCUUAAAACUUUCUCUGUGAGGCACACUAACGGAUUAACACAACCUUUUUCAUGCCUGUUUCGUGCGUCUUUUUCAGACAAAGGGAAGCGUUGAAGAACGCGGUGGAAGCUUUCCAAGAAGAAAGGACAUCACAUAUUGAGUUGUAUGAGAAACAACAGAAGGUAAAAGCUGACUUUAUGGUAUUAUCAUCAUUUCUCGAUACUUAUUACCAUACAGUUUAUUAUUAUUAUUAUCAUUAUUAUUAUUAAUUAGAUGAAUUUACGUUGUUUUCGUUCUGCUGAGGAAAGGUGCGGCUUAAAUUGUGUGUCGAUAAAUUCGAAGCUUUAACAUUUUUGCCCUCCUUCCCCUCCCGGGGGGGAAAGUGUCGUAUUUGAUGGUCGAUUUUCUAAAAGGCAAAAUCAGCAGCUAUGACUUUCCAGUCAUUAACCAAGCUUCAAGACAUAGCCUUUAAAGAACUUUUCUUCUGAGCCACCAGCUCGCGAAAUUGAACUCUCUUUACCUUUAAAGACUUUUAUAUUAAAAGGUAAACACAUAUAUUCCGCCGGAAGGAUUUAACACUUCCAGUCCAAAUCCCCCUAACCCCCGGUCACAGAUGACGGUCAACUGCACUUGGGUUGCCUGAGGUGGGGAGGGGGGAGGAGCUUAAGACCUGAAUAGAUCGGCGUAUUAUGUUUAUAUACUCUUACUCAAAAGGAGCUGGAGGACAUGAUAAACAAACACAGAGUAGAAAAUGAGGAAUGGAUAAACGCACGGAAACAAGAACUUGAGGAGGAAAGACAUAGAUUAGAAUUAGAAAAGGUAUUUUGUAAAAUUGCUGAUUUUAAUUUUGAUAUCUUUUAACGGUUAUUUACGUUGCACUUCGGAUUUUUUUUAGCCUUCCAACACAACUUGAAUUGGAAUCUUUAGUAAUUAUUGACUUGCCGUUAAUAUUUUUAUUUAUUUUUGCUUACUUGAAACGAGGCUAAAUGUAAUUUAGGUUAGGUUAAGUCACAGCACCGGUUUACUAAGCCGGUUUGGAGGGACACUUUGCUAUGUGCUUUCACACGGUUUGCUUUGUUACUGUGUGUACAGUUAUUUGUUCCUGUAAUUAUGGUGUUGUUUUUGCAGUUUUGUAGCGUUCCUCCUGUGUCCUUUUUUUUGUAAUGUACCACCUUGUACUGUAUUUUCCACAUCUAGAAUACGUGUUGAACUAUCGUUGGUUGUGCAAUUUUUUUUUUCAAAGUCAGUUUGCUGCUGUUGAUUUUCGUAGUGUUGAUUGCUUGUUUUUCAUGUACUGAAAUCAGUUUCACUGUUCUUUUAAUAGGGUCAAUUGGUUGAAGAAAGGGAAAGACUUCGAAAGGAAAAGCUAGAAUUUGGCGAAAAAAUUGAAGCUAUCGAAAAGCUCGGUGGUGGAGCCAACCAUCUAUUGAAUGGAGUUAGCUAAACACAGAAUCAUUCAAUAAUACAUUGGAGCGCUUUUCGACUGACUGUCGUAAAACCGAAACCAUAAUAAUCACAACGACCAAUCAGAAGAAAGGAAAAUACCUUAAAGAGCCAAUGAAAACUCAGAGUACAACCGACAAAACUUUCUAACGCGCGGGAAAACGCGGGCGACGAAGUCGUGACUGGUAUCAGUUUUGCUUUUGAUUGGUUGAGAGAAUGGCGCAAAUUUGCGGGACCAAUCAAAACGAAU